AUGAAGAUUCUCUACAUGGGCGUUCUUCGGAACGACUCUUCGCCCGCCCUUCAGCUUUGCGCCGAGAAGGACCUCUCCAGUUAUGAGGAGUUCAUGCUGUUGUUCACCCGCACGGUCGCCGAGCGCACGAAGCCCGGUCAGCGUCAGGAUAUCGAAGAGAAGUCAUACACAUUCCACGCAUACGGCCGGACCGAGGGCGUGGCCGGUGUUAUUGUCACCGAUGGCGAGUAUCCCGCUCUCGUCGCCCACCAGCUUCUUUCGAAGAUCGUCGACGAGUUCCUCGCCAAGCACCCUCGCACAUCGUUCUCCGACCCAUCGCUCCGCGAGAAUGCUUGCCCCCUGCCGGCGCUUAAGGAAUACAUUGUCAAAUACCAGGAUCCCAGCCAGGCCGAUAGCAUUAUGAAGAUACAGCAGGAGCUGGACGAGACCAAGAUUGUCCUGCACAAGACCAUCGAGAGCGUCUUGGAACGUGGUGAGAAGAUCGACUCGCUCGUGCAAAAGAGUGACGGUCUCUCGGCCCAGAGUAAAAUGUUCUAUACCCAGGCCAAGAAACAGAACAGCUGCUGUGUCAUCAUGUAA